AUGACCAGCGAAAAGGAACCUCCACUCCCAACCGGACCCGGCGAGGAGAACGAAGUCAAUCUCAAUCCGAAUCCAAAAGACGGCAUAGACAUCCACGGGGAGCAACCAGCAUCAGACGCACCAGAAUCCAUUCCUCGACCGUCAGACCUCACGCCCAAGGACGUCGAAGCGCAUACGACAGCCGCAACGCUGUCCACGACAAUCAGCCCAAAGCCCUACACAGUCUUCUCUCCAGGCAUGAAGUGGUUCAUCGUCAUCAUGACCACCAUGGCCUCGUUCUUCUCCCCUUUGUCCGGACAAAUAUACUUCCCCGUCCUGCCGAUCCUCACCAAAGUCUACAAGAUCACCCCGUCCCAGACCAACAUCUCCAUCACCACGUACCUGAUCCUCCAGGGCCUGACGCCCAGUUUCAUGGGGACCUUCUCUGACGCCAGCGGUCGGCGGCUGGGCUAUAUACUGGCGUUCACCAUCUACACGGGCGCGAACAUUGGGUUAGCUCUACAACACAGCUACGCGGCACUGCUGGCGUUGCGGGCCCUCCAGAGCGCGGGGAGCAGUGGCACCAUUUCCUUCGGAUACGGCGUGCUCGCUGACUGUAUCACGGCAGGAGAGCGCGGCAAAUACUUCGGGCCUAUGAUGGCAGGGGCUCUGACGGCGCCGGCGCUAGGUCCGACCAUCGGCGGUCUGUUAACCCAGUUCUUGGGCUGGCGAGCGGUGUUCUGGUUCCUGACCAUCAUCAGCGGCGGUUAUCUGGCCAUCUACAUCGUAACGAUGCCCGAGACGCACCGCAAGAUCGUCGACAACGGCAGCGUCAUUCCCCUGCAAUGGUGGCGACAGUCCGUGCUGCAAUUUCUCUCCGAGCGUAGAAGGGUCAAGAGACUGGCCGGCGAGGAGCGAGAGGAGUACCAACGCACGCAGCAAGCUCUCUUGGAGGAGCAGCAGGCUACCAAGAUCGCGUUUCCCAAUCCGCUUCGGUCCUUCAUGAUUCUCGCGAGGCCGGAUGCGCUGUGCAUAGUGUGUUACACCGGCAUCGUAAUGUUCAGCAAUAUGGUGUUGAUGACGAGCACGCCGACCCUCUUCCCAGCUUUAUAUGGCCUGAACGAGUUGCAAGUCGGCUUGACUUUCCUCCCCCUCGGCGUCUCUGCAGGCGUCGGCGCCAUCGUCAACGGCCGCUUCUUGGACUGGAACUACGCCCGCGUCGCCAAGCAGCUCGGCCUGACCGUGGACAAAAAGCGAGGCGACGACCUGCGCGACUUCCCCAUCGAAAAGACGCGCUUACAGAUUGCUUUCUUCGCACAGGGUCUCCAAGUCGCCGUUUUCUUGCCGUACGGCUGGGCCCUCCAGAAACGCGCCUCGCUGGCGGUCCCGCUGGUCCUGCAAUUCAUCAUGGGAUUUUGUCUGAUCGUCGUGUCCAACUCGCUGAGUACGUUGCUCACCGACAUUUCCCCUGGCGAGGUGAGCACCGCGAGUGCGGCGUCGAAUCUUGUUCGUUGUUUGCUGGGCGCGGUGGGCGCGGCCACGGUGGACGAUAUGCUCAAGGGUAUGGGUGUGGGGUGGUGCUUCGUGUUUUUGGGCUUGCUUUUGUUUGCGGGGAGUGGCCUUCUGUGGGCGGAAGUCAUAUACGGCAUGCGAUGGAGGCAGAAGCGGUGGAGGAAGGGGGAGAGGAAAGGUGGCGGAGGAGGAAAAGAAGAAGGCUCAGGACAAUAA